AUGUUCUCACGCAUAUCUCAGAUCACUCGCCAUCUCUCAGUCCCCAUCGCGAACAACACCAGACGAUUUGCUCUUGGACGAAUCAUGGCUCCCGUAUCGGCAGAUGAGCGCAACUCGCGCACUAUUUCUACAGCAGCCUGCUUGAUCAUUGGAGAUGAGGUCCUAGGCGGAAAGUCUAUUGCCAAAGCCUUCAACCUACCUCUCAAGCUUCACCAGGAGACCUUUGAGAAGAUGAAGCUUCUUUCAAAGCCUCACCCCAACCAACCCACGUUCGACUGGGAAGUUGAUUCACCUGCCAGAAGAGCCAAGCUUCGCAUGGCAGAACUGCCAACGGAUGAAUCUAGAGAUCCCAAGAAACAAGUCAUCUUCCCCCAGGAAGACCUCUGGGUUCCCGUGUCAGUUGUGAAUGGAAACAUUCAUAUUCUUCCAGGCGUUCCCAGACUCUUCCAGAGACUUCUCGAAGGACUGAAGUCUCACGUUCUACCCCGACUCAGUGAUCCUGAGGGCAAAGGCACACACAGAGUUCUGUUCUCUACUCCCAUCCCUGAGAGUGGCGUUGCCGAAUUCCUCACAACACUGGCGGCCAAGGUUGAGCCCAAGGGUGUCAAGGUGGGAAGUUACCCUCGUUGGGGUAAAGAGAACAACACCGUAACUCUUGUUGGAAGGGACUUGGACUAUCUCGAGAGUCUCGUCGAGGAAGUGGAAGCUGGUAUCCAGGGCAUGCGAGUCACCGCUGAAAGUGACACGGAAGAAGACCCAAAACAAAUCAAGAAGCAGGCAACCGAAGAUGCGGACAAGGAUACAGCAAAGCAAGUUGCUCAGAAACCUUGA